UACAACAAUACCGCGUUUACAAUUGAUUGACGUCUCCCCCAAGAAUGAGUAUGAAUGAGUGUCAUUCUGCAGCGGCAAUCCUUUCCCGUUUGCUAGUCGACAGAGUCAAGCAUUGCCGUCCUCGCAAGGAGAGCAUAAAGAAAACUUCCCCAAUAUCUAUGCUUCCCACUGAACUGCUCAUCGAAAUUUUUACCCAUGUCUUCUGGGAGUCCUGCGACGAGAGUAGCCGGGAAUGUGAGCCCCCUGGGCUGUCAGCCCCGACAUAUGCCACUGCAUUCGACCCGCAUUCCCCCAGUCUAUUCCCGUACAACGCUGCUUCGGUCUGUAGUCGGUGGAAAGACGUCAUAUGUUCUUCUUCCUUCCCGUCCUUUUGGACAAGGAUAGUCGUGGUCGUUGGGAUCACUAUGCCAGAGCUAAUCCAAGAAAUGCUGAGCUGGUCCGGAAAUUUGAUCAUUGGAAUAGCAGUGAUACAGGACAGUUCGCCCUUUUCGGCACAGGCAGAGGUCGAGGACAUAACGAGAGGCGUAGUCCCUCACAUCAAACGCCUCGAAGGCCUCAGAUACUCUUUGUCUCGCAGCUCAGACCUUGCAGUGGCCCGCAAAACACUGCGUGGGAAAGCUCGACGGCUGGUAUAUUUCCACAUGGGAUAUGAGGAAGAUGACGGUGACGGUGAUCGUGGCCAGGAACAAGAGGUACUUUUCGAUGCUAGCGGCGAAGAAGUUGGAAAAGGGUGGAAGUUGAUCACUCAUGUGGUUCAGUGUCUCAGCGUGGACAAUUACUCAUUCAAACCGGCAUGUUAUCCCAAAUCCGAUGGGUUUCAUGACUUACUUCGCUUGCGCUCGCUCUCCCUGUCUUGGCCGCGUCCCCGUGAUGAACAGUCCUCCGUUGGUUGUGUCACAGGAGACAAACGAGCAGGUAGAAUCCAUUUCCGCGAGUUCCUGGCGGUCUUGCAAGAGACAUUCAUGCUGCUGCGAUUGACCGUUCGAAACGAGCAAUUUGACGGUUUGGACGAGUCCUCGUUGAUGACGUGUUACCUCCCCCUUCUUCAAUCCGUCACCUUGGAUUGCGUGAGCAAGGUGUUUCGAGAUCGUUUUCGGCUUGCCAUCGACGCCGACCCACAUAGCUUCGUUGUCACGCACUUACUAGAUUUUCCAGCUAAGCAAACGAAUUAACUAAUAUGACUAUCUGCUUCUCCAAGGUUUUGUCACCACGUUGGUGAGCGAGUCACACCCACCAUAGAACUGUGCAGGAGUGUAUGUACUGGGUAGAGAUUGUAAUGAGGCGAACACUUUGUUCCCACCGUCUCUCGAUCCGACGGAUUGCAUUAAGCGAAGUUUCGGGAAAUCCAGGAAGGGACCCCUAUUGUCAGAGUUUGAAACUUCAUCCCGAAAUCGGUGAUCAUUCUCCAAUUCUAAGCUGAAGGCAUCGUCCAAACUGAUAACUAACGGGGGCGCCCUGAGGAUUAUCAUUGAGUGAAACGGAAAUAUCUGGUAAUGGGAUUGCCAUUGAAAUUGCUGACGUCUACUCUCUAAGGAAAGAGACGUGGCAGGGACCGAAAAAUGCAU